AUGUGUAAGAAGCCAGGUGCAUCAAAUACUGAUGUUACGUCAGAACAAAAGACUGUUAGUGAUACAGCAAAAGGUGCUGCAACUGGAGCUGGAGCUGGAUUUGGUCUGUAUAGUCUGGUGACACCUAUUAUCAACAUGAUAGGCUUUGGGGCUGGUGGUAUUGCUAGCGGUUCUACUGCUGCAUCUAUGAUGUCUGCUGCUGCAAUUGCAAAUGGUGGCGGUGUUGCAAGUGGUAGUACAGUAGCAAUCAUGCAAAGUAUUGGAGCUGCUGGAUUAGCAACGCCAAUAGGUCUUGGACUUGUUGCUGGAGGAGCGGUUGUCGGUGGUAUUGCAUUCUUUAUGAAGUCUAAAACGUCGAUAGGAAACGAGGACAACAUGAUUGAUGGGGUUCAUGAAGCUGAAACGAACGAUGAAAGUGAAGAAAAAGGUCUUUGGGUUCUUGUCGAGAUUACGCCGGAUUCGGAACAACCUUUGGUGAGAACAUUUAAUGACGAAUACAAGGCACGCAAUGCCUUUUUAAACUCGUCCGCUGCAAGCAAGGCACUGUUUGAUUUUGAGCAAAAGAUAACGUUGGAAGUCGGAUGGAACGAGUCGAUGACAGAGAUGGUAGGAAUGUGA